UUUCAUUCGAAAUAAUUGUUGCAAACUAAUAAGAAUUGAACGCGUCCCAGUAUGAUAAAGUAGUGUACACAUAAUUGGAAAAACAUUUUACAAACGACAAAAACAAAAAUAAUACAAAACGAUGAAACUUGAAAUUACCACAACCUUGAAUGUUUUCACUAUUCUUGGGGUUGUGACAACCAUAAUGGCAAGUGUGACGGCCAAACAUAUGCCGACACACCAUGUGGAUGACUUUCCCGAUGAGACGCUAACUCUAAAUGAAAGGUUCUUUGACGAUGUCAGAGCUCUCAUAAAACGGCGCUUGACGGAAAAUGCUGCUAUAAAGAAAUUGCAUUUGGAAAGUGAUAAGAAUGUGUUAAGCGAUAAAGAAAUCUCUGCGGCUUCCAACUUUGAUGUAAUUCCCACUGCACCUUCAUAUGUCCCAACACCAGUACUAGUUGAGAAUUGGCCAGCAAGUAGCCACAGUUUCGGGCAAGUAACAGCUGUCUCAAUAGACCCUCAAGGUAAUCCUGUUAUUUUUCAUCGGGCUGACAGAUAUUGGGAUGCUAACACUUUCAAUGAUAGCAACAUUUAUUACAUGAUUGAAUACGGGCCUAUCCAGGAAAAGACCAUAUAUGUAUUGGAUCCAAAAACAGGUUCAAUCAAAUCUGGUUGGGGUGAGGACUUAUUUUAUAUGCCACACGGUAUGACAAUCGAUGUUCAUGGAAAUUAUUGGAUCACUGAUGUUGCUAUGCAUCAAGCAUUUAAGUUUAAGCCUCGGGAGACCCAGCCGAUAUUAACGAUCGGAAAACGAUUUCGACCUGGAUCAUCUAUUAAACAUUUAUGUAAGCCAACAUCAAUUGCCGUAUCUACAACUGGAGAAUUUUUUAUUGCUGAUGGAUACUGUAAUCAGAGAAUUUUGAAAUUUAAUGCUGCCGGUCGGCUUUUGCGUGUUAUUCCUCAACCUCCCGAGUUUCUUUCGUUACAAGUGCCACAUGCCAUCACAUUACUGGAACACUUAGAUCUGCUAUGUAUCGCCGAUCGGGAAAAUAUGCGAGUUGUCUGUCCCAAAGCUGGUCUUAAAUCAUCCCAAGGCGAAGGACAACCAGCUGCAACAAUACAAGAACCAGAUUUAGGCAGGGUGUUUGGUGUUGCAGCUUAUGGGGACAUUGUAUAUGCUGUUAAUGGCCCAACAUCUAUGUUACCUGUGCGCGGUUUCACCAUAGAUCCUCGAUCCGAAACAAUUAUUGGUCAUUGGGGAGAAUUUAAAAAUCCCCAUUCCAUUGCUGUUUGCGUGAAUGGUUCAGCGUUAUAUGUCAGUGAAAUUGGCACAAACCAUCAAACAAAUCGUAUUUGGAAAUAUGUUUUAGUUUAGAUCCAAUAAGUUUGAUUAAAAAUGGGUAAAUGCUUACAAUAUCUACAGUACCUAACAACAGUAUACAUACAGUAUAUUAACAGAGAUACUUUUUAAAGUCGAUCUCUAGGAUUAUUUUUAAAAUAAAAGCACAAUUAAAUACGAGAUAAAUAUAACUAGUUUUGUGCAAUUACGGAUAUACAUACAUACAUACAUACAUACAUAGCUACAUUUAUAUAAACAUAUUUAUUAAGUACAGGUAUAUACAUACGUACAUAUAUACUUACACACAGUACAUUCAUACACAUUAUACAUACAUACUACACAUUUAUGUAUAUUACUUACCUAAUUUAAACAUUAAACAUAAGAAUGUCAUUUAAGUUUUAUCUUAAUUCCUUUGUUGUUUUAAAAUAAUAUGUAAACAUAAAAUAAAUAGAAUCACUUUAAUGUUGUCAAAAA